AUGUCUGAAAAAGAAACAGAAAAGAUUGAAACUUUGAUAGAGGAAAGAGGGUCCGUGAGAAAUGACUAUGUCAAUUUGAAAAGCCUUACUCGAAAAGUCGAUUUUCGUAUUAUUCCCUUACUAUUUAUCACUUACAGCCUUCAAUUUAUGGACAAGCUAGCACUUUCAAGCUCUUCCGUGUUUGGCGUAAGGGAAGAUAAUCACCUAGUUGGACAAGAUUAUUCUUGGGUUUCCUCGAUCUUUUAUUUCGGGUAUUUAGCAGGCCAGUUUCCAGUCACAAGAAUGGUUCAAAUUGUCCCGAUUGGCAAAUUCAUAGGUGCCACUGUCACUUUGUGGGGUGUCGUUUUAGCAUGCAGCGCUAGUUCUGAAUCAUAUGUGGGACUCCUCGUAGCCCGGUUUUUCUUAGGUUUGUUGGAGUCGGCGGUGUCACCAGUCUUUGUUAUAGUGACAUCUAUGUGGUACAGAGUUGAGCAACAACCUGCUAGAACUGCUAUUUGGUUUGGUGGUAAUGACUUUGGAGGUAUAGUAAGCGGCUUUAUAGCUUUUGGUUUAGGUCAUAUUCGGGGAUCAUUGAAUCCGUGGAGAUAUAUCUUCAUCAUUUAUGGAGCGAUGACAGUAUUCUGGGGUAUAAUUCUAAUGAUGUUUUUACCUGAUUGUCCCGAAAAAGCUAGUUUUUUAACACUACAAGAAAAGGAAUAUUACUCAGAGAACCACAAGAAUUCUCAAAUUACGAGAGAAUGGAAAUGGGAUCAGUUUUUUGAGUGUUUUUUAGAUAUCAAGACUUGGCUUCUAGUAGCACUUUGUAUUUUAAACAUCUUGCCGAACGGUGGCGUAAUAUCGUAUGGCUUUAUUAUAAUUGAAAGCUUCGGAUUUUCGUCAAUAAACACAACCUUGCUCAAUGUGCCUGCGUCAUUAGUAACGUGGUUGUCUAUACUUUUUACUGGCUAUGUUUCCUCUAGGUUCAAAAGUAUGAGACUAUGGAUGAUUAUAUUUACGGUAAUUCCCCCAAUUGCUGGCGCUGCCAUAAUAUCCAAAGUACCUUUACAUAGAAAGGGAGUUAAGCUCUUUGGUUACUAUUUGUUAAUGAUUCAACCAGCAACCUUUCCCAACAUAUUGGCUUUGAUAUCUUCCAAUUAUCAAGGAACCACUAAAAAGGCAACAAUGAGUGCAAUUAUUUUCAUUUUUUACUGUGCCUCAAAUGUUGCUGCUCCUCAGUUGUUUAUACUGUCAGAAGCACCUAAUUACUCGGUAGCUUAUAAUGCUUGGAUUUCGACUUUUGCUAUUACAGUUCUUAUUGCCCUCAUAAUGAGAUUUUACUUACAAUGGGAAAAUGGAAGAAGAGGAAAGAUGGAAGAGAAAAAUGAAGCUAGUGAUAUUGAUAAAAACAAUGAUAUAUCUGAUUUGAAUGAUAAGAGUUUCAUUUAUCAGUAUUAA